AGUGGCCCUUCAAAGGAAGCGUUCUACACGCCGGGAAAACGUGAGAAGGGAAAGGAAAGACAAAAAGAAAGAUGAGUCUCCUUAACAAGCCCAAAAGUGAGAUGACACCUGAAGAGCUACAAAAGCGAGAAGAGGAGGAGUUCAACACAGGGCCACUGUCUGUGCUUACUCAGUCUGUGAAGAACAACACACAAGUUCUGAUCAACUGCAGGAAUAACAAAAAGUUGCUAGGCAGAGUAAAAGCCUUUGACAGACACUGUAACAUGGUACUGGAAAAUGUGAAAGAAAUGUGGACUGAGGUCCCUAAGAGUGGCAAGGGAAAAAAGAAGUCCAAACCAGUGAACAAAGACAGAUAUAUUUCCAAGAUGUUCCUUCGUGGAGACAGUGUCAUCGUUGUUCUGCGGAAUCCACUGCUUGCUGGAAAGUGAUAAUGUGUAGCCUCUUUCUAAAUUUCCUUGUUCUGGACAAAUUCCAACCCUGGCAUCAAAUUGUUUUAAUUUCUUUACUGAGGAUCAGCAAAUGUAGUUUUUUUUUUUUUUUUUUUUUUUCCUGCCCCCUUCCCCCCCCCCCCGCCAAAAAAUACUUGUAGACUGUCACAAAGGUUGUUCUUUAACACCUUUUGUCCCUUCCACCAUUAUUUUUUUUCUAAUAAAGAUAAUUUGUUAAAACAA